UCGGCUCCCACUGUGUGAAAUCUGCGAUGCAAACAAAGCGAGAAAACGAUUCGGAAAGAGUGGAAAAAGAGUGGAAAUAUCGAUGAUAGUACGCGUUUCGAUAAAGUUGGUCAGCAUUUACACAGCGAACGAUGGUUCCGCUGUAGCACGGAACUAACGCAUUGCCUACGAUCCGUGUGGCGCUCGACCAUUCGUGUGACUAAGUUUCCCCGUGAAAGGGCGAACACAACGACAACACAACGAGUGAGAGAAAUUUGGAUCGUGUAUCAGGGGCACCAGCAGCAGCAAGUGCAUUGAGGCUACGCGAUAUCGGUGGAGUGGUUUCCUCGUGAAAAAGUUUUCCAAUCGUGCGAAACAAGAAAAGAUGAGAAAAUGUUUGACCGUCCGAGAUGUCGCGACUGGUGUCCACUAUCGACGCAGCAGCUACGGUUGCGCAGCCUAAUGCAGAUCUCCGGCCACAACAUAACCGUACCGGAGCGUAACCUCAGCACCUCAACGCCAACAACGCCAGCUUGCGACACAGGCGCAGAGAGAUUGAAAUGUACCGUUUACUUUACGCUUCACCAGACGCCUCACUCCGCCCCGUUUUACACGAGCGAAAAGCUUGACCUGCACUGCAACGUACUGUGGGCGGAAAUCGACUGUCCGGCAACGAUCAAAUCCUCCCUCCGGAGUGUGUGUGUGCGGGUGUGGGAACACACCGCCCGACCCGGCCAGCCUGCCCGAACGAAAGUGCCUCUCGAGAGCAGCGAUGCCACCAGGAACGACGAAGAGGAGGCGACGCAACCAGCGAACGAGCAGACCGACCGGUUGCUGUUUGCAUGGGGCGUAUAUUUUUCCGGUCUGGUACCGCUGGCGCGACGCAACGAAAAGCGGCUCCGCCCGAACACGCUCGUGUUUCAGCUGCACGGCGGUUACUUCACCUCGGCCGCCUGUAUCCUCGAGCCGGAAGAACGACGACCGCCGGUAGUGAACUUGCCCGUAGAAGCGGGAGGCCCGACUGUACCAAAACCGAACGCAUCCUCUGGCCAGGCGUCGCCUUUCUCGCCUUCCGCAACGAUUCCAAUCGUUGGAGCGGGUGUGGGUGCUCGACGUGGUGGUGGUGGUAGCCGCGGACAUACCGCCGAGAACGUGUUACACUGUGAUACUAGCAAUAAUUCUUCCCCGGUAACGAUGUCCGGGGCUCCGCUCGGCUCCUACCAGACGCCUUCCUCUACGUCUCCGCACCAGUGGAACUUCUCAAACGGUGGUGGUGGCGCUCUGCUCGGUGUGGAAGGUCGCUUCGACAAGCUGUCCGUAUCACCGGUGACUAGCAACGGGGGAAGCAGUGGUGGUGUACUUCCCCAUGCCGUACGAUCAACCAGCCCUUCGUCACCGCUCAGCUGGACGGAACCGUUCGAGACGAGCUUGAAGCUGCGCUACCUUGUUAUGGAGUUCCUCCCGCCGGAGGUGCGCGCUAGCUACGACGUACCGCGGCUGCUGGCAAUCCAGGAACGGCAGCGAAGGAUCCGUUACGAGGCGGACAGCGUCAAAACGCUCAUCGAGCGCAUCUGCAUGAAGAGUGCCUACUGUCUCAACUUGGAGCUGUUCGCGAGCAAGCAUUUGGUGUACCGGACGGGAGCGAACCAACAUCGGACGGGCGGGAUGGGCAAGCAGCUGAGCCGGUUGCUGUACCAGGAGCGCGAACCAAUCGAUCCGAUGGUGUUGCUUCGCGGCCAGGAGCUACGGCGGCACAUCGAGCGGGCUCGGUUUCGCUGCCGGCUGCUGGAGCAGGAACGCGACCGGAUGUGCGGUGGAAUGCAGCAGCUGCGCAAUCGGCUGAAUGCGGCCUGUGAUAGCAACAUUGAGCGAGAGUCGGCACUGAUGGAGCGCUAUCGGACGUACGGGCGGGAGAAGGAGCAGCUGUACCAGCAGAAGAUGGCUUACGCUAGCCAGAAGGACAGCGUGCGCGAGGUAUGCGCAAAGAUGCUAAUGGUGCGCCAUCAGUUGCUGAAGGGGCUGAACGAAAUUUAUUACAUUAAAUCGACGAGUCAGGGCAUCUACACCAUUAACGAUGUACCAUUGCCGAAUGCGGAAUCGUACACGGACGCAACGCCGGCACUGGCCCUCAGCGUUGCUCUUGGCUUCGUUGCCCACGCUGUGAUGAUGUGUUCCUCGUUUUUAGAUAUUCCCUUACGAAAUCCCAUUAAGUAUGACGGUUCCCGUUCGAAGAUAGUGGACCAAAUUAAGCUACUACCAACGAUGGAUCGAGACUUUCCCCUGCACUGUCGCUCGGGACCAGCGCCGAACGCGCUGCUGUAUGGGGUGUACCUGUUGAAUCAGAACAUUUCCCAGCUCAAGCAUCAGCUCUCGCUGAGCCGGGGCGACCCGCGGGCCACGCUCGUUAAUCUGCAGGACAUUCUCACUAUCCCCGGCAUCGGCGGUCCGCUGCAGAAGCGUGAUCUUGAGGAAGCGUUCCAAAUGCUACCCUCGUCCGUGUUCGGGGCGUCAUCGCCCGGGUUUAUUUCACUGUCCACUACCGGUGGAAGCAGUAGCGGUAGCAGCAGUAGUGGAUCGUUCCUUCGUGACAGCCCCUCUAGUAAUAGAAUUUCCCGCUCGGUUGAUAACUACACGGACCGAAGGCAGCAGAUGCAAAGGCACUACCAGCUUAAUAGACAUCCGUUGCAGCAAGCAAAAAGGCUGUCGAGCAGCAGCAGCAGUGCCAGCGCCGUCGACCAGCAGCAGCAGGACCAUCUCGUACCGGCUAGGCGCGGCUGUGGGGACAGCACCUUCUCUUCCGAUCCCAUCCUAGCCCAGAGCGUCCCAUUACAGCGACCGUGCGAUUUUGACGGGGGUAAAAAGUUCUAACACUCAACAGACGAAAAUGGGGCAUUGCGGAAAAUUAUCUCCUCCUUCGAACGUGUGGCAGGAAAAGGGGCAUGAACGUUAACACUAAGUUGUCACUAAAAGCAAAAGAAUAUUGUUAUCCUUUCUUCCCUUUUGUUUUGAGUUUUAAUUUAAUAUUUAUUGGAACAUUA